CGGCCGCGCUGCUUCGUUCCAUGGACAUCCGGGUCUCUGCGAGUGCGUGCGGAGAAGGCGGAGCCUACGAGGCCUGGCUCGGCAGGUGUGCGCGUCUGUGUAUGCGGAGUAAGAGGGGGGGGGGAGGGCGUCGAUGGCGGCGGCGGCGGCGACGUCGGUGUUCCUGUCCUCCUUGGCUACUCGGCUUUCCCAGUCGGCUACCGCCCGCACCUACGGGAUCUUUUGCAAAGGGCUGACGCGGACCCUCCUCAUCUUCUUCGACUUGGCUUGGAAGCUCCGCAUCAAUUUCCCUUACCUGUACCUCGUGGCUUCGAUGAUGUUCAACGUCAGGUUACAGGUUCAUAUUGAGAUUCAUUAAAUCAUGUCUUAUGUUGCAACCAGAAAACAUUCCACCAUUUGCUUUGGAUUACUACAAUGCAGAGCUUUGAGGACAGGGAAAUGAUGCCUUUCUCUUUUACCUGUAUGGCCCCGGAAGAAGAUUUGGGACACCAUCACCUGCAGCAAAGGACUAACCUAAAUCAGCAUAAGGAGAUCCUUCACUUUCUAAGGGUCCUUUCUUUAGUGAAGAGCUCUCAUAUGGAUAAUCAUCACUUGCAAAAGGAAUCUUUCUCUCUCAAAAUUGGGUGCUGCCCUCUGUUUCAAGCUAUCCCACUGCCUGGUAUUGGUGAAAAAGUCUCACCACAUUGGAGCAAAGUGACAGGAAGAAUCAUCUCAUCCAAGGAAUCACUUGGUUCACUAGAGAAAGACCUGGAGAAGGUUUUUAGUCCCUUCAAUAGUACUAUAAUAACUGGUUGGUUAGAGAGAGAUCAUGACUUCAUUAGUGAACCAAACAGGUGGAGAACACUAUACACUUUGCACGUUUUUGACUGUCAGGGCACCAGCAUAACCAGAAGCAACAACUGUUAGAACUGGAAUUAAGGGUUGUUGAUGAAAUGCACCUUGUGUUAUGUGAGAUGUUGAUUUGCAAGGAAUUUCAGUCUUCAGAUCUGAAAUCCAGCUUGGCUGCUGCAUUGGAUGAACAUCUCGUGUGGCUUUUCGGUGACCAGCAUCUGUUUCUCUGAUUUACUUCGACCUCAUGUCUUUACCCAGGAACUUUGAAUAUAUAGAAAUACUUUCCAGUAUAAAAUAUCCAAGCAAGCAUCGUCAGAUAUCUCAGUGGUUGCUAGCUAUAUGAGCAUUAGCAUCUCACAUCACUUGUCAUGUAAUAGUAAAUAUAAAAAAAAGCAGAGUUUGGAAAUGGUAGUGAUUACUGAAUCUGAAUCUGCUUAUUGAAUCUUCCUCACUUGUUAUUUUUAACAUUUUUCAGAAGCUGAGUACUGGGGUGGUUUUAUAAUACUCUGGACAACCCAAAUUUUAACAGCAUUAGGGAGCUAAACUGGCUCAUGGGCCAUCAAAUUGAUUCAAUACAACAUUCUGGAAUCCAUUUUGCUAUCACUUCUGUGUUAAUACCAGCAUAUUAUUGAUAGGGUUGAAUUUGAACAGUAUAUGCCUGUGGAUUGUUGCCACACGAUGCAAGAGCAAACAUUUUACAGCUUUUACUAUGUAUUGCACAGGUGUCAAACGUGCGGCAUCACGUUGCUGUCACAUGACGUUCCUCCCCUUCAUGGAGCUGGAGUGAGUGUGGCCUGCGUGUGAGGUAUCUGGCCCGCGGGCCACCAGUUUGACACCCCUGAUGUAUUGCAUUCCUACCAUGCAUAUGGGAUGCGGGAAGUUUUUCCACUUAACAUUUCCUAAAGCAUUUCUGAGCCCACCAGAAACAUUUUAUAUAUGAGGCAAGCUGAAAGUUUUAAAGGAAAUAAAGAAGUGGAAAUGUUACUGAAUUAUAGUUUAUACUUGGUCCAGCAAUACUCAUUCUCUUGGGUGCAACGACAUGCUGGUUUGGGAGAUGGGAGUCCAGUCAAACAUGCCAAGUAGGUGAUCUGAAUUGAGGAAUGCUGGUUUAGAUGCAACAGCAUUUUCAGCUGGCCUUUAGACAAUGCAAAACACCCUCAAGAUAAGGUUCUGAAGCCCUAAUCUAGUAGCCUUCUGUAAAAUGAUAGUUGGCUGUAUCCAGGUGUAUAAGGAUAGGCUAUGAUGCCUUUUUAAGGUACUGUUAUAGGAAUUAAUAAAGAAUUGUUACGCAUGAGGCAAAUAUUUUAGAGUCAAAAGCCAAAGACCAGGUUUCUAUCAUAUGAAAGGAUGAAUUUAGCUUAUGAUGAUGAGGGAUGUAGUUUCUCCUAUAGAAUGUUAUAGUCUAAAAUAUAUUUACAGUAGCGUCAGUACUUAAAAAAAGCUGUGUAGGUAUUUCCAGCUACCAAAACUUCAGAAUUUGGAAGUGUAAACCUGCAGGACCUAUGAAUCAUAAAACGUCGUAGGUGUGCAGUAGUGUUUGCAGUUGUCCUGCUAUCUUGUAGCAAGGGUAGCAGAACAUUAUGACCUUUUAAAGAUUGAUCGCUUUAUUAUGCAGGUAUUCUUGAGACUCUGUGGGCAGCUGAUAAAGUGGCUUAUGUGCAAAAGUGCGCGCGAUAAAUUAGCUUAUAAAAUAACCCAGAACACUGUACUGCAAAGCUAAGGUUAGCUCUUUUCCCUCAAUAGGUUGCUGUGAAUAUCCGUUUUAAAUGGCAGUGCAAUGAAAUACAUUAGUGAGGUUAGGAUUCCAGAGAACAAUGUUCUUCUUUCAAGCCAAGGGGACUUCAACCUAGUUCUUGAACAAUACAAUUCUUGAAUAUUUCAAGUUUGCUAUUUCUAAAAUCUUUUCCACAAGCUUACUGGGAUUGAUGGUGUCCUUCUAAUAUUUUCCACAUGUGACUAAUGCAUAUGCCUAACCACCUAGUGUGUUUUAAAAAAGGAUUUUGAUGAGAAAGUUAACACAACUCUCUCUUAAUCAAGUUCCCUACUUGCCUUGUGUGGAACACCUAAAGAAUUGAAACAUUCCAGCAGAACAGAAGGACAUUUGGAUUUUGCAAUCCAUACCAAGAUGCACCACAACUUUGUGUAGCUUGAUAAAAUUAAGAUUUGCAUUCAGCCUGGUGCUCUGCCAUUUGUUUCAUAUUUUCUAGUGGCAAAAUUAACAUGCUAACAAGCCAGAAUCCAGAGAUCUUGACUGAUAAAGCUUGCUUAACGAAAUGUCUGCAAGAUUAUGGCUGUUCUGAUUUAAAUGUAACUAUUGCCUAGGUAAAAAUCCCCCAAAGUCUGAAAAAGCUUCUAUUUAUAUAUUUCAAGGAUGAAGUUGAAAUUGCCUGAUGAUCCCCAUCCAUCAUUCUGGACUUUGAAUUGGACUGUAUCUUCCUUUUAGUAAAGUCUGCACUUUAUUCUGAAAGAGGGACUUUUUUUCAGAUGUUUUUUGCACUAAAGAAUUAUUUCAUCAACAAGCUGAUACAGACAUUUUAGAAAUACUUUGCUAGGAACGGGGUAGGCAGCAGUGUGUACAAAGAAGGCCUUGUUUUUGCAAAAGUCUAAAGUGGCAUAACACUUGGACUAUAAAUGACUUUUGCUGCAUCCCUGUGCAAAUAUUAUUGUGUAUUUUGGUACCGAACUAAAUACAUUGGGCUAUAAGGCCACUACUUAUAGUCCUUAGCCCUUAAAAACAGCAUGAUACGAACAGCAUAAGAAAUAUUUUGUCUUGUUCUAGUCUUAUAUAGCAAACAAAAUAUCACUGGCAGGGACUUAGAUUGAUUACUGUCCAUAUGUGGAUGUUUAUAUUUUGUGACAUCUGUUUCUAUUUAGAGGAGUUGAUGUACCAAAGGUAUUGGCAUUUGAACUUAAGGAAUACAACCCAUUACAAUCUCCCCUUGUUUUAAAUGUUAGUUCUAAAAGACAUUGGCCAGUACUCAGCUGUCUUCUGAACAGCCACUGAGGUCCUGUUCAGCUGCUGGACAAUACUACAGUGAAGUGGUUGAAGACAUGCAAAAAUGUUCACAUUUACCGAUCCUCUUUAGCAGUACUUUUUAAAAAACUGUUAAAAUAUCACAUUUAAACUAGGAUUGAUGCAAAUGCUGCUCUGCCUUACGAAUGAUUACAUUCCUUAUUGUGGCCAAAAGGCCAGCACCAUUGCUUUAUGAAAUCAGGCAUUAUCCACAAGGAUGCAUCCUUUUACACAGCAUUUUCACAAGAGGAGCAGUCUCGGUUGAUUGUGGCUGAUGUUUUCAUGAUAAAAAUGCCUUUACAUGGCCUUACAUUGAAUAUGCACCUGUAACCAACUUCAUAUGUAAUGCCAAGAUUUGCACACUUGGAAUGCUUUGUUUUAUCAAUAGUCUCUGUUGUAAGGUUUUGUUCAUAUUUACAUGGAUGUAGAAUUCUGCAAAGUUUCCCUCCCCUCUAACAUUAUAAGAAGAUAAUACUGGGGGGAGGCAUGUGUGUUUAGGAUGCUGAAACUUUCAAGCCUAAAAUAAUUUAUUGUACAUGAGUAUAAAAUCUUUAUUAGCCCCUCCUCUUGGUUUAAAGAGAGCAAAGAUUGCAUUUCUAAAUCAUGGGUGUUCAAAUUUUUGGCUUGCCUGGGCCACAUUGAAUGAAGAAUUGUCUUGGGCUGCAUAUAAAAUAAUAUAAUUAAUGUAUAUAAAUCACAUCAAAGAUUUACAACCUUGUGGGGCCACAUUACUACUGUCCAGGGUUGCAGGCGGCCUAUGGGCCACCAGUUGGACAGGUCUGGAGUAAAUCUUUUUGUGAUGGAAUUUGGCAAGUGUAAUUUUUUCUACUCCCUCUGGAGGAAGUAAAUCCAGCCAACAUCCUAUUUGCAUUCUUCGUAUCUGGUGUAUUUCCAGGAACCUUAUUAAAACUGCUUGAAGUUCUUUUGUCAGCUGUACCAUGUUGAACUGAAUAUAGGUUUUACUCUGAAUUAGCUGGUACGCUAAAAACUUCCAAUUAUUCAAACCUGGGGGAAGAGUCCCCAUACACAGAAAAUGUAUAUUAAAUUACAAUUCUUGAGUUCCUCGAUUUCAGUCUGUAGGCAGUUUUGGAAGUAUUGCAAGAAGCAGGUGCAGCUUUUUUUUUGCAUGUUCUCCACCCAGGUUUCCCCAAUCCAUGUCAGUUUGGGUGAAUUUAUGCAAUACAUUCCAAUUUGAUACUUUUCAAUGUCUCAUCACUGCAACUGGCUUUGCUCAUCCUACAGAACCAUGAUUUUAAUUAUGGAUUAUUAAUGAACCUACCAUUGUCUAGACUGGCAAGACUUGUUAAUAAAUCAAGCUGAUUUUACAGGUUGCACACACCCAGAGAGUGAUUGCUAAUUUGUGGCUGGGGCUGUACUUGGUUACAAGCUUUGGAAUUUGAGACUGGUUUGAAAUUUUCCUAAUUAGUAAUUACUUGUGGCUGAAAAACAAGCUGAGACCAUAAACAGUGAUUUAAAAUUAACAAUGGUUAGGUUUACAGAUAGCAGUAAACUCUGUACUCCUCAGUGCCCAUGCUCUCAGACUGACAGGCAUUGAGAUUCAGUCAACACAUUUCCAUCCAGUGGCCCUGAGCUUCAGGAGAAUCCAGCAGUAUCAGUCUGAUUAAAGUUACUGAAUCCAGCAUCUUGCUUACAAGAUAGCUUUUCAGAUUCAAGAUUUUGCAUAAUCAUCGGUUGGGUUGGAACAUCAUGCUGAGCGAGGGUUUUUAAAAUGCUGUUAUGUAAGUCAGUGGUCCCCAACCUUUACAGCUUGUCGAUCCAGAGUUGUGGGGGGAGAGAGGGAAACCGUCCUGGCACUCGUGCAGGUUGAGCUGUGUGUGCAUGCCAGCCCGCCACUUAACACAAGUCAAACUGUGCAUGUGUGCUGACCAGCUUCCACAGCCUGGUUCUGAUCAGGCCUUAGGGACCCCUGAUAUAACUUAUAGUAGUUUGUUUCACAUAACGGUUUGUUUGUAGCACAAAAGCAUGGCAGGUGAACUUACUAGGCCCGCAAAGGAUCGUUGUCAUCUGAUGGCUUUGUGGCAGUCCAUGCCUUGGUAUGAAAUGCUAUGGGGGGGGGGUCACUUCUAAAUUACUAGGGUGUUUGUUUGUUUUUUGAGAUCUCUAAACCCAGCCAUGUUGUUUUCACUGCAACACUAAACUCCUAAAUCUGGUAAGGAUGUAUUUUCUCAGUGGACGUACACUGAGCAAGAGAAGGAGACAAUGCAAUCAUCAUCUAAGUUGGAACGUUUUUAAUGGAACUUGCCCCCCUUGUUCCAGUGGUUUGAAAAAGAAAACAGAUUCUUCCUCUUAACUCCCUUUCAGGGACAUUGUGUAGUGUUCUCCACCAUUACAAAAUAUACUUUAAAACAAAACAAAGUGUUGAGAUACAAACUGGGUUACUUUUAAAAUAUCUCCAGUAGCCUAGACAAAUUUAGACACCAUCACCAUCAAACGUUUUUUAAAAGUCCUUGCACCCCAAACCCUCCUGGCCUGGAAAAGCUAUUUCAGUGUUUGAGGUUUGACCUGCAGUCCCUGUUGAAAGCUGAUCACCAUAGGGUUUUUGGGAUGUAAAAUAGUAUUAGAGAAUAGUUGAAUCAAAGACUCCUCCGGGACUGGAACUCUUUAAAUAUAUAUUUAAAAACAACCUCAAGGAUUGUGUGCAUUUCUUAAGCAGAUGAUGAUGAAAUUGCUUGCUGACACCACCUGAGGGUGCUACAGGUCAAAUUUAAAACUUCUAAGCAUUGGGAUUUUUGAAACUCUUUCAUUGGUUUGUUUUUUUUUUGUACAUUUGUGCUGCAUUGUAUUAUUAUUAUUUUUUCCUUUGCUGCUCUUUUAGCAAUUUAGCAUAACGUAUCAACACUGACAUUCAUGCAUUUGUUGUGAUUGUUUAAAUUUGAACAUGCCACUGAAAUUUUUUUGAAUUAAAAAGGAGAAAUAAAGUUUUCUUGGUAAACAGUG